AUGGACCCCACUUUCCGUCACCGCCGAUCCCCUUCCUCUGAUCGAUUCCUUGGCAUCUCCUCCUCAACCUCCACCACCUCUGAAGUCAACGAUGACGAGCUGAACGAGGAUGAUAUUUUAUGGACCAGCGACGACUCAACGGAAUCAAGUACUUUCACUACCAGUACUAGGGCCAGCGCCACACCAACCGCUGUCUUCUCCCCGGUCAAAAAUCACAACCGUUUGCAAUCCUUCACGCAAGGUUCUGGAAUUCUCGCGGCGUUACCAGAGCACGAUAAUCGUCCGGUUCUCUACCGCAAAUCGUCUGUAUCGUCCUCAACGUCCUCGACGUCAGCGAAGAUGAUUCCGACGUUGCCGAAGCCACCGCAGAUGGAGAGGUCGCAAUCGAUGCCGAUGAGAAAGUACCAGCACUCGGCACCUAUGAACGUGCCGGUUUUGUCAAUUGCGAUAGCGAAGCGGAGGAAUAGUAGGUUUUUGGAGUUAGAUGAGGAGGAUGGAGACGAUGAGAUGUUGCCACCUCACGAGAUUGUAGCGAGGGGCUCUGGGAUGUCGCCGAAGACGACGUUUUCGGUAUUGGAAGGAGUCGGGAGGACUCUGAAAGGGAGAGAUCUGCGGCAGGUGAGAAAUGCUGUGUUUCGUCAGACGGGUUUUCUUGAUUGA